UUCACGCUAAAAAGUGUGAGGGGGGAAGUUGCUUGUUUUUUCCUUUCUUUCAAAACAACCAAAUCAACAUGUCUUCUCAACAACCUCAAUUCAGUGAAAACGACCAACGUGAACUCGCUCAGUUCCUUGAAGCCGAAAACGCCAAAGCUCGUAUUCAACAAACUGUGCAUACUUUGACUGAUAGCUGUUGGGACAAAUGUAUCUCCAAAGUCAACAAUAAAUUGGACCGUAGUGAAGAAGCUUGUUUGUCCAACUGUGUGGAACGUUUCUUGGACACCAGUUUGUUCAUUGUGAAGCGUUUGGAAGACUUGCGUGGCUCUGGCAUGUAAACUACCUUAUAUUAUUCAAGACUAGAUCAUCCACAACUCUUUUAUAUAUAUAUGUUUUUUUUUAUCAACAAAAUCGCUCUUCCUUUCAUCCUCUCCUCUUCUUCACGAUCCAACUUUUUUUUUACAUAGUUUUACAUAGACUUCAUGAAAACAAAACAACCACCCCAUUCCAUUUUGUUCAAUUUGAUGAAUAAUAAAGAAGAAAAAAAAAUAUAUAUUUUGUACAUUUCAAAA